AUGCAACAAAGGGCAAGAGAACACAAUGAAGGACAUGGAAGAGGAUGUAAUGGAGGUUGGCGCAAUGAAGGACAUGAUGGAGGUCGUGAGGAUGCAACAGAAGACAUCAAGGAGACCGAUGGAAGGCGCGAUGAACAAGACAAAGGACAGGGCAUGGUGAAAGGCGUGAUGGAGGUUGAGAGUGCGACAGAGGGAGUGAUGGAGGGUGAGGGUGUGAUGGAGGUUAUAGGUGUGACGAAAGGCAAGGAUGAAAAAGAAGGAGAAGAAUAA